UGCACUGACGUGAUUUUCAGAUCAGAGCUCAAACCGGUUUCUGUUUCAGAAAGUGAAACUCACACAGUCACUGUGACAGAGAGACGAAAUGGAGCAGAAUCAGAUGGACCAAGAAACUUUGUCCUGUUCGAUCUGUCUGGAUCUACUGAAGGAUCCAGUGACUAUUCCCUGUGGACACAAUUACUGUAUGAACUGUAUUAAAAUCCACUGGAAUGAAGAGGAUCGGAAACGAAUCCACAGCUGCCCUCAGUGCAGGGAGACAUUCAUACCGAGGCCUGUGCUAAAGAAGAACACCGUGCUAGCAGCUUUAGUAGAGCAGCUGAAGAAGACUGCACUCCAAGCUGCUGCUGCUGAUCACUGCUAUGCUGGACCUGAAGAUGUGGCCUGUGAUUUCUGCAUUGGGAGGAAGCUGAAAGCCAUCAACUCCUGUUUAGUCUGUCUGGCCUCUUUCUGUGAGAAACACCUUCAGCCUCAUUAUGAUUCAGUUACGUUUAAGAAACACAAGCUGGUGGAGCCGUCCAAGAACCUCCAGGAGAACAUCUGCUCUAAGCACGAUAAGUUGUUGGAGAUCUUCUGCCGCACUGAUCACAAGUGUGUCUGCAGUCUCUGUUUAACAGAGGAACAUAAAGGCCAUGACAUAGUCUCAGCUGCAACAGAAAGGACUGAGAGGCAGAGAGAGCUGGAGGAGAGACGAGGAAACAUCCAGCAGAGAAUCCAGGACAGAGAGGAAGAUGUGAAGCUGCUUCAACAGGAGGUGGAGGCCAUCAGUCGCUCUGCUGAUAAAACAGUGGAGGACAGUGAGAAGAUCUUCACCCAGCUGAUCCAUCUCCUCCAGAAAAGAAGCUCUGAUGUGAAGCAGCAGAUCAGAUCCCAGCAGGAAACUGAAGUGAGUCGAGUCAAAGAUGUUCAGGAGAAGCUGGAGCAGGAGAUCACUGAGCUGAAGAGGAAAGACGCUGAGCUGGAGCAGCUCUCACACACAGAGGAUCACAACCAGUUUCUCCUCAACUACCCCUCACUCGCUCUCAUUUUGCUUCUAUGCAACACGCAUCAACACAUUUCUCAGCUCAGCCCACCAGAACACAUUUUAUUAUUAUAACUUCUAUAUUUGGGUU